CCCAGGGUCUUGUCUUCCGUUGGCUGUCGUCCUACUCCAACCCCUUGCUGCUCAUAUUAUUAUGAUUAUUAAUUUUUUUCUUCCUCUUUUUUCCUCUGCCCUGCCGUGUUGUGUUCCUCUCUUCUCAACUCCUUUCUCCCCUUUCCUCCCACCAUCUCCCACACUCAGCCCAUCCCGUCGAGCCAACAACCAGCUAGCUAGCUUGCCUCGUCUUGUUUGUUCCCUCAACACACCCGCUCCUCUUCCUCUCCCAACCCCCCUCCAACCAUGUCCAGCGAUACCAAAGCCGCCGCCGCCGCCCGAGCCAGCCAGCCCUAUCCCGCCGAGGCUCCUCCCCCCGCCUACGCCGCGGGCCCAUCCGACGCCAACGCGCCCCCCAUUGCUCAAGAGCCGCUACAACAAGACCGGUCCGCCCCCGCUCCAGGUCCGCAUCCCGCUUAUGCUCCCGGUCCGGCACAUGGCGGCUCCUACCCCAUGCAGCCGUACGGCCAGCAGCAGCCCAGGGGUACACCGCUGCAUUCCCUGACGGACCAGCAGACCGACGUCGUGUGCCCGGCCUGCAACCACUACGGCGUGACCGUCAUCGACUUCCAGGCCGGAGGCUUCACCCACGGCCUCGCCGCCAUCAUCUGCUUCCUCUCCUGCCUGGGCUGCAUCCCCUACCUCUUUGCCCGUCUCAAGGACGUGACGCACAAGUGCGCAAAGUGCGACACCCUGCUCGCCACCUACCAUCGCAGUGGCAGGACCGUGGUUCACGUCAAGUAAGGCGUCGAUACCAUUCCAUGGCGCUGCUCGUUUUUCGUCUUUUGCUACGGAAAUCGACAAUCGGCUUGGACGGCUUUGAAGACGGCAUGACUGAAGAGAAGCCCUUGUUCGAAGCAUCAAGGGUGUGCGAAAAAAAAGAGAAGGCCAUCGGAUGGUGGAGUAAUAACCACGUACGUUUGUAUCAUGACUUGUUGUUUUUGUUGACGGGCCAUACUCUGAGGCGAAAGCACCACGCCGAGUGAGAGCUUUCUGAUAACUUUGGAUUGGUGAAAAAUAUAGAGACGGGGAGGGGAGAGGGAAGCAGAAGCAGAAGCAGACGGGG